GAGGGAGUAGCUGUUGAUUUCACAGCCCCUGAGACGAGCCCGUCAGAGGUGGUGUGUGCUGUUGACCAGCCUGGAGUGCAGGUUCGAGGACCAGAAGGCGACUCACGAGGUCUCCUGUGGGUUCUGGAUGAAGAGAUGGUCACUCCGGGCUCCACCGAGAGCACGGUUCUGGAAAGAGUGUGUCAGUUCUUCAGCGGCACAGUGCGCCAGUGCGAGCAGCCUCUGCAGUGUGAGAUCGCUCACCUGAUGGGUUCAGAUCCAGUCCGCUAUGAUCUCUCAGGCUGGUUCGGUCAGGUCCAGAACAACCCCUCUGUCCUUAACGCCAGUUCCCUCCUGCAGAACUCCUCAAUUGGAGCGGUGAAGGCCCUGUUCAGUGGGCGGGCGUCCGUGCCGCCUCUGUGCCGGGGUUUGGGAGGUGUGGAGGGCGGCUCGCAGCGCUCUCUGGAGAGAUGUGGCACGGUGCGGAAGACUCUGAGCGGUGGGAUGGCGGCCCUCAGGAGACAUUCGCAGUGCAUCGCCGUCAAACUGCAGGCGGAUGCUCUGGUGAAUCUGAUUCGGCGAGCGCGGCCGGUCUUCCUGCAGUGUUUGAGUGUGAAGACAGAUGGCUGUGGCUUUAAUGUCCCAGCACUGCGUGUACAGCUGCACUCCACACACCUGCUGCCGGCACUGCAGCUGUACCGAACAGGCUACCCUGAGCACAUGUCCCUGGGUGAUUUCCGCUGUCGUUUUCAGGCCCUCUCUGCUCCCAUAAUGAAGCGAUACGGUUCUGUCUUCAUUACCCCUGAUGAGAGGAAGGCUGUGGAGGAAUUAUUGAUUGAUCUGGAUUUAGACAAGAAAAGCAUUGUUUUAGGAGCGAGCAGGGUGUUUAUGAAGCGUGGUGUCCUGAGGUCUUUAGAUCAGCAGAGAGAUCAGUUGUUGAGCGGCUGGCUGGUGCAGCUUCAAGCGUCCUGUCUGGGUCAUAUGGGCCGCCAGAAAUACC